UUCUUCGCCUUGGCAUUACUUGUGCUAUCAUCUGCACCAACCAUGUCGGAGACCCCACCCGUCGCUCAGGCUGCUUCCGCUGCUCCAGAGAAGCCCGCGGCUGCAAAGAAGACUAAGAAGCCGGCGAAGGCUGCGGCACCUCGCAAGAAGCCGGCUGGACCCUCGGUGUCUGAGCUCAUCGUGCAGGCUGUUUCCUCCUCCAAGGAACGCAGCGGCGUGUCUCUGGCCGCGCUCAAGAAGUCCCUGGCUGCCGCCGGCUACGACGUAGAGAAGAACAACAGCCGUAUCAAGCUGGGGCUCAAGAGCCUGGUGAGCAAGGGCACCCUGGUGCAGACCAAGGGCACCGGCGCUUCCGGCUCCUUCAAGCUCAACAAGAAGGCAGAGGCCAAGUCUAGCACCACCAAGGUGUCAGUGAAGGCGAAGGCAUCGGGGGCGUCGAAGAAACCCAAGAAGACCGCCGGGGCUGCAGCUAAGAAGACUGUGAAGACUCCGAAAAAGCCAAAGAAGCCUGCAGUCUCCAAGAAGCCUUCCAAGAGCCCAAAAAAGCCAAAGGUGGUGAAACCCAAGAAAGUGGCCAAGAGCCCCGCCAAGGCUAAGGCGGUGAAGCCCAAGGCUGCAAAGGCGAAGGUGACGAAGCCGAAAACCGCGGCUAAGCCCAAGAAGGCGGCGCCCAAGAAAAAGUGAACAGUUCGGUUGGAGGCUUUUUUUUUCCAGUAACCCAACGGCUCUUUUCAGAGCCACCUACA